CCGGGUUGGGAGCCGGCUUCAGAACCUGGGACGCGGAGAGCUGGGGUCCGAGCGCCGAGGCGGCCCGCGGGCCCGGGGCGGGGAUGCACCGGCGCGGGGUGGGAGCCGGCGCCAUCGCCAAGAAGAAACUCGCCGAGGCCAAGUAUAAGGAGCGAGGGACUGUCUUGGCCGAGGACCAGCUGGCGCAGAUGUCAAAACAGUUGGACAUGUUCAAGACGAACCUAGAAGAAUUUGCGAGCAAGCACAAGCAAGAGAUCCGGAAGAGCCCCGAGUUCCGAGUACAGUUCCAAGACAUGUGCGCCGCCAUUGGGGUGGACCCUCUGGCUUCUGGAAAAGGGUUUUGGUCUGAGAUGCUGGGCGUUGGGGACUUCUAUUAUGAGCUGGGUGUCCAGAUCAUUGAAGUGUGCCUGGCCCUAAAACAUCGCAACGGAGGUCUGAUAACUCUGGAGGAGCUACAUCAGCAGGUGUUGAAAGGAAGGGGCAAGUUUGCUCAGGAUGUCAGCCAAGACGACCUGAUCAGGGCCAUCAAGAAGCUGAAAGCACUGGGCACUGGCUUCGGCAUCAUCCCCGUGGGCGGCACUUACCUCAUUCAGUCAGUUCCAGCUGAGCUCAAUAUGGAUCACACCGUUGUGCUGCAGCUGGCCGAGAAAAAUGGGUACGUGACUGUCAGUGAAAUCAAAGCCAGUCUUAAAUGGGAGACGGAGCGAGCGCGGCAAGUGCUGGAACACCUGCUGAAGGAAGGACUAGCCUGGUUGGAUCUGCAGGCGCCAGGGGAGGCCCACUACUGGCUGCCAGCUCUCUUCACAGAUCUCUACUCCCAGGAGAUAUCAGCUGAGGAGGCCAAAGAAGCCUUCCCUUGACUGAGUGUGGAGGGACACAGCAGCAAGCCGCAAGGGGCCUGUGAAUAAAACUGAACAGUUUUGUUUAUAAAAAA